UUAGGGCAAAUCCACCGCUAUAGGAUAUAUUUUCUAUAGUAAAAAUGGGAAAAGUUUGCAUCGUAAACAGUUGCCAAAGUGGGCGUAAGAGGAAAAAACAGAAAAAUGUUACGAAAUCCGUAUCUUUUUUCCAACCAACGGUAAGUAUGUAAUUUUCACUACACCUUAUAAAACAAAGUCCCCCGCCGCGACUGUCUGUUCGUGGGUUUGAAUGUAUCUUUGCGAUAAACAAACUACUGGACGGUUUCAGUUCGAUUUUCAUGUAUCAAUAGAGUGAUUCUUGAGGAAGGUUUACGUAUAUAAUUUGUUGACUAUAGUUCGUUUUUUUUAGCAUUAGAAAGAACUUGCAAGAAGGUAAGCGAUUUUGACAUGUCUUUUAAUUGAAAAACGCUUUUUAAAAUUCAAAAACUAUUACUGAUGAAAGCAGAAGAAUAUAAAUGAUCGUAUUAGAUUCAUAAUUGUUACAUAUUUGCCGUAACUUAUUUUUAAAAUGUGUUUUUCAAUUAAAAGACACAUCAAGAUUGUUUACCUAAUUUCUAAUGCUAAAAAAACGAACUAUAGUGCGAAGCCGGUCGCUAGUUAUUUAAUAAAAUAUUAUAUUGUGAUUUUUAUAUUUUUCUUAUAAAAUUCACAAUUUCACUUCAACAAUUCUUCAUUUUUCUAUUAAUUCUCAGACUCCGGCACGGUUAGAAAGUUGGAAAAAGUCGUUAGGAAUUGCAUUAAAAGCAAAUGAUUAUAUUUGCCAUCUUCAUUUUAAAGAAGAAAAUAUAAAUAUGUACGAAAAGUUAACUAUUAAAGGAGAGCUCAAAUAUAUUCCUACACAAAGAAAAACGCUUAAGGAAGAAGCUGUGCCCACGAUUGAGCAUCAGUUUAUUCCCAUUCCCGAACAUGAACUCCAAGCCAAUACUAUUCACAUAGAGGAAUCUUUCGAACCAUACCCCAAUCAACCUAAGGACGAGCAGCAACAACAAAUCAAUGCCGAGCAACAGGAAUUAUCAGAAGAUCAAAAUGAUUCUAAUAAUUUAAUGGAUUAUGAAAUGAUACAACAGGACUUUGCGGAACCAUUUUUUAGUCAAUAUCAGGAUACUAAUGUAACAAUAAAUCCAAUAGAGAAUUUUAAAAGUAAGUUUCGGGCAUUUUCGUUGUUGCCGCCUUUUUGGCUACAUGCAGAAAAUCCUAAUGGGCUGGAAUUUAUGCGAAUGGAUCCAAAAACUCAGAAGAUUAAACAUCAUAUACGUUUAAACGAUGAUCUAACUGUCACUGUAAUUUUUCCCAAUAAUGAACAAUUGCCACUAAAGGAGAAAAUUAAUUCAUAUGACAACACCUACGAUUACUUAAAAUCGGUUGAAAGAUGGCCUUUGUGCGUUGGUACUCAGAUUGACGACAAUAAAUUUUGUAAAGGUGUGAUUAUUGGUGAUGAUACUUACGAAAGAAAUCAACAGUACCCAAGAUGUAAAUCUUGUCGAAUAUUACGAAAUCGUUUGCAGAACCGUAAUUCCACUUCAACUCUAUUACAAAAAAUGGCAGAAGCUAAACGGCGCGCUUCAAAUCUUGUACAUAAAUGCAAGCGUCUGAAGAGGACGAAUAUCCAAUUAAGAGAGAAAAUUUCCUUGGCUAAGGCGCAGUGUGCAAAGAAAUCGGAUACCGUAGUACAAGCAUCUAUUUCAAAACUACCUGAAGAAUUUCAAAAUGCCGUGAGAUCAUGUUUUGAAGCCGCGAAAAAAAAUAAUACAAAAGACCCCUUACGGAACUGUGAAAAAAAGACAUUGGGAAGCGGUAUUAGAGGAAGAGAAUUAUCGUCAGCCUAACUUAAAAAUCGCUUACAAGUUAACACCAGCGCAUUUGAAACCGAAAGGUUUUCAAGUAAUGAAUGUUCCUCUUGCAACUGAAGUAUGUACCUAUAAAUAUAAUCAAUAAUUUUCAUGGAAAUAAAAUUAACAAACAUAAUAAAACUUACAAAAACUAUAGGUAAAAAAUUUGCCCCAGAUCGCCGUCAACGGGCAAGGUGCCCAGAAGGCUGGCCGUAUUUCCCCGCUGUAUAGCGAUGCUAAUACGCUGGGCGAAAUAGUGGCCAGCCCUCUGGUCAACAGAAGCCUCUAUUAAGUGCGAGCAGGGGUUUUCAGGCAGGUCUGUGUUGGGACAGGUUAUAGACCAGACGUUCUUGGCCUCGGAGCAGUGCGCGGCCUCCAUAGAUCCAAUAGAAGGACCUAGUAUUUUCCCUAUAAGGCUUUGAGCACCAUGCACCGAGGACAAGAACGCAGGUAAGGAUACACAAGAAAUUUUGCGGAUGCCCAGGCCGCCAAACCUAAUGGGUAGGCUAGCCUGGGUCCAAGACCUUUCGUCAAAAGAGAUGUUAAAGAUGGAUGUGAGUGUUUCAACGACCAAUGUAUCUAAUUUUGAGACCAAAUUGGGGUGUUUCCAAAGAUGGGUUCCGCGAAGAAUAUACGUGAAUUUUGGAACGAAAAGACAAUGCUUAAUGAUGGAAUAGGCUGAAUGUAGAUUAAUUUUGGCCAGGCGGUGUGAUGUCGCUGUAAAAUUUUGAAUUUUUGAGUCAACGAAAUUUUCAAAGGAUUGGUCUAGGACGGGGCAGCCAAGGAGGUGAAGCGAUUCUUUGUUUACAAUUUUGAUGCC